UUUACGCCGCCACUUUAAACAAAGAUAUUUGGUUAUUCCCGGGGAAGCAAGUGCACUUUUGCAUGGCUGAGCUCCGGGCGGAGGCGAGCCCCAGCCCAGCCUCCCGCCCAUUGGGUUGCCGGCGCCUGGGGAUUCGCCCCCUCCCCGCCAGCGGGUCCCGCCGGGGUUUAGGCUCAGUCCCGCGCCGCAACAGGCGGGCUAGGAUUCGCGCCGCUCUCUACCCGCGACCUCCCUGAAGCAUCAGAGGGGAAAGCACCGUGGCCCUGGGCUUGGGUGCUGGGGCUGUGAUGUGCUCGGAAAGUCAGCUCAAGCCCCAGAACCCCGCGAGUCCACGCGAUGGGCGAGGGUCGGGGACACCAGGUUUGUUCGAGGCGGGGAGCAGAGGGUGUCCCUCUGACGGCGGCAGAAGAGGCAGACAGACUGACAGACACGCAGACCAACGCCGCCGCCGAAUCAUGUCGAUGAGUCCAAAGCACACGACUCCGUUCUCAGUGUCUGACAUCUUGAGUCCCCUGGAGGAAAGCUACAAGAAAGUGGGCAUGGAGGGCGGCGGCCUCGGGGCUCCGCUGGCGGCGUACAGGCAGGGCCAGGCUGCGCCGCCGGCCACGGCCAUGCAACAGCACGCCGUGGGGCACCACGGCGCCGUCACCGCCGCCUACCACAUGACGGCGGCGGGGGUGCCCCAGCUCUCGCACUCCGCCGUGGGGGGCUACUGCAACGGCAACUUGGGCAACAUGAGCGAGCUGCCGCCGUACCAGGACACCAUGCGGAACAGCGCCUCCGGCCCCGGAUGGUACGGCGCGAAUCCAGACCCCCGCUUCCCCGCCAUCUCCCGCUUCAUGGGCCCGGCGAGCGGCAUGAACAUGAGCGGCAUGGGCGGCCUGGGUUCGCUGGGGGAUGUGAGCAAGAAUAUGGCCCCGCUGCCGAGCGCGCCGCGCCGGAAGCGCCGGGUGCUCUUCUCCCAGGCGCAGGUGUACGAGCUGGAGCGACGCUUCAAGCAACAGAAGUACCUUUCUGCGCCUGAGCGUGAACACCUGGCCAGCAUGAUCCACCUGACACCUACGCAAGUCAAGAUCUGGUUUCAGAACCACCGCUACAAGAUGAAGCGCCAGGCCAAGGACAAGGCGGCACAGCAGCAACUGCAGCAGGACAGCGGCGGCGGCGGCGGCGGCGGGGGCGCCGGGUGCCCGCAGCAGCAGCAAGCCCAGCAGCAGUCACCGCGUCGCGUGGCUGUGCCCGUCCUGGUGAAAGACGGCAAACCGUGCCAGGCAGGCGCUCCUGCGCCGGGCGCAGCGGGCCUGCAGGGCCACGCGCAGCAGCAGGCACAGCAGCAGGCUCAGGCGGCGCAGGCGGCGGCGGCGGCUAUCUCGGUGGGAAGCGGUGGCCAGGGUCUGGGUACACACCCCGGCCACCAGCCGGGCAGCGCCGGCCAGUCUCCGGACCUGGCUCACCACGCCGCCAGCCCCGCGGCGCUGCAGGGUCAGGUCUCCAGCCUGUCCCACCUGAACUCCUCGGGCUCGGACUACGGCACCAUGUCCUGCUCCACCUUGCUAUAUGGUCGGACCUGGUGAGAGGACGCCGGGCCCGUCCUAGCCCAGAGUGCGGCCUCACCGCUCCCCAUCCUGCCCACCACAGACCACCAUCCGCCCGCUGCUCCACGCGCUUCAACUUUUCUUAAGAACCUAUCUCCUUUUAGAACAAGGAAAAACACAAAAGCCAAACUGCUGGGCAUAUUUCUUUUUUUUUCUUUACUAAAUUUUGUGGGUUUUUUUUUUUUUUUUUUCCCUAAAGAAAAUAAUAGACAGCCAAGCGAAUCCAAUUCUUUAAGGAGUCUUUAAACAAAGAAGGACAUAAAGAGAACAGCUUUGGGGGUGUCUCUUAGGUGAUUCUAACGGGUUUUCCACGCCCGGGCGGGGCGCAGUUUGGAGAGGGCUCUACUCUAACAUGGCUCUGGACUCUAAAGAUCGCCAACUUCACUCUUGGUGCACUCUGCCAGCAAAGUGGACUCGCUUGUAAAUACCAGGAUUUCUUUCGAAGGGAGGGCGGGGACUGGGGGAGAGGAAAGACUCUUGGAUAGAACCCACUUGUCACUGGCACAAAGGAAGCGCCCGUUCCCCGGCGCCCUCUGGCCGCCCAGCGCGGCCGGGUCUCCAUGGCCCCAGCGAGAAUUGUCUUGUUUCAUGUGAACUUGUAGCUGUAAAACACUGUCAAAAGUUGGACUAAAGGCCUAGUUUUUAGAAAUCUGUACAUUUUAUUGUAAAAAGAAAAAGAAAAGAAAAAGAAAGGAAGAAACCCAGUUCCUGAUCCUAGCCCCUCACAUUUUCUAUGGGCAUUGACAAAUCUGUGUAUAUUAUUUGGCAGUUUGGUAUUUGCCGCGUCAGUCUUUUGUUGUUGUUGUUGUAACUUAUGUAGAUAUUUGGCUUAAAUAUAGUUCCUAUGAAGCUUCUAAUAAAUUAUACAAAUUUAAAAGAUUCUUUUUCUGAUUAAAAA